AUGGCGUCGCUAACACCAACAUGGCGGGCCGGCGCCUCACACCCAAUUCGACGUGCCAUCAGGAGACCCUUGAUCAUACCAACCCCGAGACAUUAUGCAUCUAUGGUCGGCAGAAACAAGAUUAUUCGAGAGAUGGACCGCGCUUCUCGCCAGAGCUCAAACAAAAUGGCCAAAGAGCAAAGCAUGUCGAAUAUGCAAAAGCUUGCAAAUGCCGAAUAUUUCAAAGACGGAGGUGGCCCUCUGUUUCCAGGCACAUUCGUCUCCCUCCCGCUAUCGCAAUACCCCAAAUCCCCAUCCGACUUCCUCACAUACCAAAUCUCCCGCAUGAAGCACUGGCUCAUCUGCGCGACCUCAGUCCUCAACUUCAAGCUCAAAUCGAUGCCCAACUGGACGACACGACCGAAAUGGAAAGCCCGCCGCGGCAAGAUUGCACCGACCGCGAAAGCCAUGUACCGCGAGAUGAUGGAAGCCUUUGCCGCAGGAGACAAAGCCACCCUCAACAAGAUCUGCCUCGGCGCAUUCGCCAAGACGCUCAACGCAGCCAUUGACCGUCGGGAUCCCAAGGAACGGGUACGCUUCGAAGUAGUCAAGUACAACAAGGGGCUUUUCUACCCCAAGUUGAUGUCUCACCAGAUUCACGAGGUCAACCCGUUUGACAAGACCUUGAUGACGGAACAGGCUGUCGUGGGGAUUGCGUCGACGCAGCAGUUAUCGAAGGUUAGUGCUGUCACGGGGCAGACGAUCCCGGGGAGCUUGAAGCUGCAGGAUAAGAUUGAGUACGUCGUGCUGUCGAGACAGGCGAACCAGAAGACUUUUGAGACUACGCCUUGGCGGAUAUGGGGGACUACCUCUGUGACGACCCUGGACGCAUACCUGCGGGAGAAGGCUGUUAUAGAUAAAGAGCAGGCUAGACGGGCGGGUUGGACUGAUUCAGCUUCGAAAUGA